CCGCCGCGUUCUGAGAAUGCCUCCUCCGUCUCACUUCCCACCCUCCUCGCUCGCCGCCAGUCCGAACCUUCGGCCAGGACAACCCGUGCAGAUUCCUGGCCGUCGUCCAUCGUCGACCGCGGCCGUGCAGGGCUCAAGUCCGUCAGCUAUAAUCAGUUUGAACACCCACUGGCUAUUUGCUAGCUGCCUAGCGUUUGAACACCCGACAAGCUUCCCCUCCGCGCACUGUGCGCCCAUGGCGAUGGAGUCCCUCGUUCCUAAGAGGCUCCUGGCGCUGUGCUCCUCCGGCCGCGCGCCCGUGGCCGGGGCCGCGGUGGUCUUCCUGGCCGCCCUCGUCCUGGCGGACUCCGACCAGCAGAGUGGCCUCCUCACCGCGGCGCUGAUCGCCGCGGCUGGCCUCCUCGGCCUCUACAACGGGGGAGAGAAAAAGGUCAAUGCAGGUGUGAACAAGGCGACCACGGCGAAGAAGGCGUUCCAGGCCGAGGGCCUCGCCGUCCGGGGCGGCGCCCACGGCGCGCGGGCGCCGCGCGGCGCACUGGUGCCGCGACCGCGGAAGCUCGGAGACGGAGCCGCGGGCAUCGACGGCGCCGCGGGCGCGGGAGGCCCGCCCGCGGGCGACGACGAGCGGCUGGGGGCGGCCAUGCGUUCCCUCCGGGAGGACGCGAGCCCCACCGUCACGUCGUUCGCUGUGGCGAUGGACGUCUGCAACAAGCGCAACCUGGCGGAGACCGCGCUGGAGAUCUUCGACGUGAUGCUCACCAAGGGGGUGGCGGACUCCCAGCACGCGAUCGACCGGCGCACCGCCGUCAGGUUCUUCAAGCUCGUCGUGCACAGCAUCGGCGACGAGCGCAUGCGGCAAGAUGGCCUCCGGCUCCUCGACGCGAUCCGGGCACACGGGCUCUCGCCCGCGGUCGGUGCCCAGGACCACUUGAUCGUCGCGUGGAGGAGCAAGCUUCCAGAGCACGUCGUGGCGUACUUCGUCAAGAUGAGGGAGGAGGGCAUCAUCCUCAGCUGGACGGCGUACCGCUGCAUCAUGUCCGCGUACCAGUGGAGCGACCCCGCAUUCGCGCUGACGCUCUACGACGAGCUCACCGAGCGGGGAGUCCGCCCCGACCGGGUGCACUUCAACGCGGCUCUCACCGCCUACUGCGAGCUCGGCAGGAUGGACAAGGCCAUGCAGCUGCUCAAGGACGGGCCUAGCCUGCGGGUGGAGCCAAACGCCCAAACCUAUCAGAUAGUGGUCAGGGCUUGCGUCGCCAACGACAAGCUGGAGGAGGCACUGGCCCUUUUCAAUGAGAUGCUUGAGGCGCAGAUCAGCCCCUACCGCGCCACCUAUCACGACGCAGUGUUUUGCUGCGUCAAGCUCAAGAGGUACGAUGAUGCCGUCGCGAUGUGCAACGUGAUGACGCCAGGGAAUCGGCGCCCCAACGAAGAGGCAGGCAUGUUCCUGAGGAGGAUUUGCCAGAGGCAGGACUGGAGUGACACUGCGGCCCUCGUUGCCGAGGACUUCCCGCAGGUGAGGAAGGCGCCCGCCCAGAGCAAGCACUAGCAGCGGCCAAGGGGUAUCGAGAGGCCGGCCGGCGGAUGCAGCAGUGUCCACGUGCACUGCAGGUCUGGAGUCGCACGCCGGGGCUCCCUUGCCCAGCCUCGGGAGCCCCGUCGAGCCAUGCCCGAGGCCCAAAGGGCGCCACUCCGCGCGAGCCGCUUGGGCCGCGCGGGGUGCCGGCGCUGAAAGGGGCCGGGCCGUCGACGCCUCGCGAAUGCCUGCAGGGCUACUCAGCGCGAGCCGCUUGGGCCACGGUGGGUGCGGACGCAGGCGCGGGCAGGCGCAAAGGAGAGAAGGCGGAGUUCAUGCCAGCGGGACGCAGGCGCAGAAGAGAGCGGGGCACGCCGAGCGAAGGAGAAGUACGGAAGGGGAUGCUGCGCCCAACACAUGUGUGACGCCUACGCGGCACAUGUGCCAUCGUGCCAUCGGACGGGAGAGUUCGAGCAUGCGCACGGCGGGGGCAUUGAUUGAGAAGAGUUGGUCGGAG